UAUUGCGCCGACUUCAUUCGUCAGCAGUCAGCACGCCAUCAUGGUCGGCAGACGCUCUAUGGUGCUGUUUCUGAUGCUGUGGGCCGCUACCAUGGCCGUAGCUCUGCCCAACAACGGCGCAACAAACGUGAUUCCCGGCUGCAACCCGCUGGGGUACACCAUCGGCUCCACUUGCGAGUACACCCAGUGUGUUCACUGCAUCAGAAACGAAGACUGCUGCAAAACCGGCCAGAUCUGCUGCCCCUGGGGCUGUGGAAAACGGUGCACCGAUCCUUAUGACUGGUGAUCGGUGAUCCUACAUAUAAAGGCAGUGAGACAGCCAGGUUUGAUAUGUAUGACAUGAUUAAUUACUGCGUUAUAAGUAACCGCGUUUAUACAUAAUAUACAGAAAGAAAAUAUGCGAAAAUGGCGCAAAGACGGCAAAGAAAUGGAAAAUAAAUGCGACAUGUCUCCGCAAUCUAA